CCAAACAUUGAAAUGAACAACGCUUUGCUCGUAAUCGCUGUGCUGUCGGCAAUCUGCGGCAUUUGUCAUUGCCUCGACCAUCCUCAGGGACGUAUUGUCGGUGGCGAAGUCGUCUCAGCGCACUUUCUGCCUUACCAGGUGUCGUUGCGCAGACGGAAUAGCAUUAAUAGCGCCUAUGCACAUAGCUGUGGCGGAGCCAUACUGGAUGAACGCACUAUCGUUACAGCGGCUCACUGUGUCUACAAUCGAUUGGAGCACAACUUUAUUGUUGUGGCUGGUUCGGAGGUGCGCACUGGCAUGGAUGGUGGCAUUGUGUCGCGUGUCGAGAAGUUGGUGCCACAUGAGCUAUACAAUGCUUCCAUCACAGACAACGAUAUUGCCUUGAUCUUCAUAUCGACGCCUCUUCCUCUGGGUUACCGCAAGAUAGCCACCAUUGAACUGGCCGAUGAGCAGCCCGCUGUGGGCACACUGGGCACCGUUUCCGGCUGGGGCCUAACCAGAGAGAAUGGGUUCAGCUCCGCACAGCUACAGCAGGUGCAGGUGCCACUAGUGGACAGCACCGUCUGUCAAACUGCCUACAACUGGCGACCCAUAACCGAGAGCAUGCUUUGUGCUGCAGCGCCCGGCGGCGGCAAGGAUGCCUGUGAUGGGGACUCGGGCGGACCUCUAGUCGUGGAUAACAAGCUCGUCGGCAUUGUGUCGUGGGGCGAGGGCUGUGCCCGUGCCGACUAUCCGGGCGUUUAUGCGUCGGUCCCUCAUUUCCGUGCAUGGAUCGCGGAGCAGAGGGCGAAAUAUGUUUCAUUGCUCACUGAUUAGUCGGUGGCUCCAUAAAAGAAGCCUUCGGCCUUAUCGCACUAUUGUAUGAACAGUUUUAAAUGCAUCCAGUAAACUUUUAUUAUUGGCAUUUAAUCUUCGAUGACCAACGAUCGA